AUGCGCCGGGGGUUACCUUUGGAAGUUUGCCAAUCUGAGGUGGUAGCAGAGCCCUGGACCCCAACUACUCAUACCUACACCCUUUUCAUCCGCCUAGGCGUAGACGCACUGGCGCGAUGGACCCCAUCCAUGCUCUCCAUGUCCACUAUUGAUGGACGCUGGCCUGCCUAUCCUUCUCAACUGCACCAAAUGGCCCCACAAUCUAUUUCCAUUGCAGUAGUGUUACGCACCGCAUAUGGAGCCUUUCUGCCUCUGGUGAAUAACUGGCCAGCCUCGAGACAUCAUAAAGCCACCUUGCUCGAGCCUCAAAGGGCUGGAGAGCGAGUGGCACGCGUUGAGUGGCUGUUCAAUGCCUCGCCAAGGUAUACAUAUGCCUCUGAUGACAAUCCCUUGCUUCCCGCUUUGAGACAACUCCUAGAAGCAGAAAUCAUGAUUGGCUCAGACCCUACUCAAGACCAUCGGUUUUGGUUCCUGCAAAAGAUUGAGAGAAGCUUGACGGCACUCCGAGGACCAACAGACUUACCUACUUACUUCCACGUCGAUAAGAAGAGUCUAGACCAAAAGAUAUCAUCAUCCAUCAUUCAUUGGAAGAAAGAUGCAAAAGCUCAGCCCCCCUCACGGGGAGCCUACGAAAAUCACUAG